AUGCGUCUUGCUCUCAAAGCUAAGCAGAAGCUAGGGUUUGUAACAGGAGCUUGUGCAAAGGAGUCAUUCAAGGAAAAUCUCCAUGAGGAAUGGGAGACUUGUAACGCGAUAGUGCACAGUAUCAUUUAUGCAUCAGAUGCACAUGUAGUUUGGGAAGAUCUACAGGAGCGAUUCGAUAAGGUAAAUCGAGUUCGCAUCUUUCAGUUACACAGAUCGAUUUUGAGGUUAUCUCAAGGAGCAGAUUCUGUAGCUGUGUAUUUUACCAAAUUGAAGGAACUAUGGGCUGAGUAUGAUGUUUUGGUGCCAUAUCUAAAAUGUGGUUGUCCAAAAUCAAAAGAACACAUGACUCAUUUACAGCAACAAAGAGUUGUGCAGUUCUUAGAUAGGCUAAAUGAUACAUAUGACCAAGCUCGUAGACAAAUUCUAAUGAAGACCACUGAACCCACACUUAAUCAGGCAUAUGCGCUCAUAACAAAAGAUGAGAGUCAACAAUGUGCAGGAGGUGGAGUCAUAGGUCAUAAAUCAGAUCCCUUAGCCAUGCAAGCAGGGAGAGGUCAAGGAUUUUGUGGAAGGAAACACUGCCAUAUGAGAGGGCAUACAAAGAAAAACUGCGACAAAAUAGUAGGAUACCCUGAAGAUUUCAGAAGAAGGAAAGUAUUUCAUAGUAUUCUAAAAACUGCAAAUUAUGUGGAAGGUUCUGUGAAUCAUGAAGAAGGAAAUAAGGCUCAAAGUUUACAAGGAACAUCAGGAGGAGAUCAUUUCUUUACAGAAGCACAGUACCAACAGAUUCUAGAUUUGUUAAACAAAGACUCACCACCAAGUGACAUGAAGGCACAAAAUCAAGCAACGACUGCAGCUAUAAUUACUGACCUUUACAAUAGUAGGGUGAAGGCGAUUGGUAAAGAAGAUGAAGGUUUGUACAUACUGAAAGGAAGAGGAAUCAGACUUUUAGCGACAAAUGUGGAUGUGAGAGAUUCAAGUGGUGAAACAACAUACUUGUGGCAUGUGAGAUUAGGCCAUGCUUCUGUUCCUGUUAUGCAGUAUGUUUCCUUUUUGCAUAAUAAAGUAGAUGAUAAUAUGCAGAACAAAUGUAAUGUUUGCCCUUUAGCUAAACAGUCUAGACUUAGUUUUCCAAACAAUGAGAAAAGGAGUGCUAGAGCUUUUAAAUUGGUCCACAUGGAUGUAUGGGGGCCAUAUAAGAAGAGCACUCAUGAUAGGAAGCAUUACUUUUUUACAGUUGUGGAUGAUUUUUCUAGAGCUACUUGGAUUUUCUUGAUGCAGUUUAAGAAUGAAACUAUUAUUUUCCUGAAGCAAUUUGUUUCUAUGGUUAAGUCACAGUUUGACACUUCUGUCAAGAUUUUGAGAACAGAUAAUGGUAAAGGAUUCUUCAAUGCACAGUGGAAUGAAUUCUUGCUAUCUCAAGGAAUCAUUCAUCAAAGUAGUUGUGCUCAAACAAGUGGACUACCAGCAAUUUCCAAUCUUGAGGAAUCAUUUCAGGUUCCUAAUACAGCAGAAACAACACAUACAUGCACCAGUUCACCAGCAAAGGACCGCAAUAAUGGAAUUCAUAAUGCAGCAUCACAAGCAGGAGAAUUGGAAGAGUCAUCAGUACCAAAUGAAAAUCAUGAUGCUGCACCACCAGUGUAG